AUGGGAACCCUAUCUCUGUCAUCUUCUCUCAAACCUUCCCUCGUUUCCUCAAGACUCAGUUCAUCUUCCUCUGCAUCUUCUUCCUAUUUUCCGAAACCCAACAAUCUCUACCUCAAACCCACCAAACUCGUUUCAGCACCCUUAAGAACUUCUCAGUCGCCAUUAAGAUUCGCCAAUGCUUCAAUCGAGAUGUCGCAGACACAGGAGGCAGCUAUCCGCGGCGCAGAGUCCGACGUCAUGGGUCUACUCCUUAGGGAACGAAUCGUCUUUCUCGGUAGCAGUAUCGACGAUUUCGUCGCCGACGCCAUCAUGAGCCAAUUGCUGCUUUUAGAUGCUAAAGAUCCCAAGAAAGACAUCAAACUCUUUAUCAAUUCCCCUGGUGGUUCCCUCAGUGCAACCAUGGCUAUAUACGAUGUGGUUCAACUUGUGAGAGCUGAUGUCUCGACGAUUGCUCUUGGCAUCGCUGCAUCAACAGCUUCGAUAAUUCUUGGUGCGGGAACUAAAGGCAAGCGCUUUGCUAUGCCCAACACAAGGAUAAUGAUUCACCAACCACUUGGAGGUGCGAGUGGUCAAGCUAUAGAUGUUGAGAUCCAGGCUAAAGAAGUUAUGCACAACAAGAACAAUGUCACCAGCAUUAUCGCUGGAUGUACUAACCGGUCCUUUGAGCAGGUCCUGAAAGAUAUUGAUCGAGACCGGUACAUGUCUCCGAUCGAAGCUGUUGAGUAUGGUUUGAUUGAUGGAGUUAUUGAUGGAGACAGCAUCAUUCCUCUGGAGCCUGUUCCUGAUAGAGUGAAACCGAGAGUGAACUAUGAGGAGAUCAGCAAGGACCCGAUGAAGUUUUUGACUCCGGAGAUACCUGAUGAUGAGAUUUACUGA